AUGGGAUGUGUUUUCCAGAAUCGGGCCAAACACACGGAAGCCGUUAAGAUUUAUCGUAAGGCUCUCGACAUUCAACUAAAAAUCCUUGGUAGUCAUCAUAAAGAUGUUGCCGACACAUAUUACGCGAUGGGGUGUGUUCUAGAGAAUCAGGUCAAAUAUAAAGAAGCAUUGAACAUGCACCGCCAAGCUCUCCACAUUCAAUUAAAAGUCUGUGGCAAUCGCCAUCAAGAUGUUGCCUACACGUAUUCCAAAAUGGGGUGCGUUUUGGAGAGUCAAGUCAAAUGCAAGGAAGCAAUGGACAUGUAUCGCAAAUCUCUCGAGAUUCAUUCGAAUAUUCCCGAACGUCGUGAGGACUGUGCCGACACACAGUACAAUAUGGGGAAAUGUAUUAACGAAACAAAAGCAACACAGAAAGCCCCGUGUCAUGUUCCAACAAGCACUUGA